CUGCAUCAUCAUAUAUAUCUCUCGUUUCCCUUAUCCCUAACCAGCCUGAAGAAAGGUCUCGAUCCGAAACGUCACCCAUUCCUUCUCACUGGAGAUGCUGCUUGUCCCGCUGAGUUAUUCCAGCUUUUUGUGUCUAUCUUUUUUUUAAACCAGCAUCUGCAGUUCCUUCCUACACAUCUUUCCGUUCAACCGUAUUAAACUUUCACAACUCCAUCCUCGCGUGUUUCAGGACAUGUAGGGAUUUAUGGCGUAUUUCUCAACUCCCUGGCGAAUCGUGUUAUCGUACUGCGUGCUCUGCUGCGGGGUGGAGCUUGCCUUGUGUUUCGGGGCUGGUUACAAGCCUUUCUCUUACUGAAGACAGUGACGGGAGGAAAUGUUAGGCGCUCGUUUCAAUGCCGAGAAAAGGUCCCUCCUGUGUAACGUUUAAAGAAACUGGUCACACACGCCCUUGCUGGAAGAUUCCCUUUGUUUUAAUCGUGUUUUUAAUCUCAAAAUGGAAACAAGGGGCAAUUGUUAACGAUCGAUACUUGGGGACAUCGCUGGGAGGAAGUUUACUCAGCCAGUUUGACUCAAGAAAUUGUGCAAUUAUAGUGGCAUAAUGGAAAAUUCGAAGAGAAGACUGACCACAUUACUGGUAUUCAAAUCAUCGGUGUGAAAGACGUCAUCCUAUCCACAAUGAAUGCAGCUCCCAAAUGCACAAAUACAAUAUGGUAUUAUUGAUGGUUCUGCCCAUUGAAAAAUAUUGAAAAGUGUCUUGACACCACAGUAACUUCCCACUCCACUAGCUAGACGUGAAAGAAAAUACCAACUGAAUGCUUUCUUUCUGAAAACUUUGAUUAUUCUAUUCUGAAGAUUUAUUUCAGAGAUGUAUUCCACAGUAAUGGCUGUUGUUGCUCAGUAGCUACUAUUUUGUGCAAACUGGAGUUCUUUUUGUUAAGUACAUAUUUUGCAGAAUUCAUCUCAUACUGAUUCACUGACCAGGACCCACUACUUGCUCUUCGUUUUUCUCUGUUGCCAAGCAGGCUUCACCAUGCUGGUUUCAAGCUUUUUUUUUAGGCUGGGGAGGCUUCAAUAUUUGUUAUAUUUACUGUUUCUUGUUCUGGUGCUGAUUUCUGCCUUAUUUACAUACACAAAAAAUAUUUCACUACACCAUCUCAUGACAACGAGACUGUGCAAAUGUAGCGAGUGUGUCUCCGAAUUAGGUCUAUCGGAAUGGUUUGACGAGCGUUACGAUUCGAACAUGAACCCCAUCCUGAUGAAAAGCAACUACACAAUUCCUGAGAAGUCUUACAAUUGGUGGAAGAGUCUUCAAGGUAGCAAAAAUGCACCCCAUCUCAACAUCGUAAUGGAACAAGUAUUUAAGUUGUUUCCCGGAGACGACCUGCUCUCAGGCCAUGGACCAAACAGAUGCAGGACAUGUGCCGUGGUUGGGAAUUCUGGAAAUCUGAUAGGAUCCAAUUAUGGACCAAUAAUUGACUCCCAUAAUUUUGUGAUGAGGAUGAACCGUGCAAAGACUGUUGGCUAUGAGAGGGAUGUGGGUAGUAAAACCACACAUCACUUCAUGUACCCAGAAAGUGCUCAAGACCUGGCGGACAAUGUUUCAUUGGUUCUGAUACCAUUUAAAAUAUUGGACCUACAGUGGCUAAUAAGUGCCUUUACAACAGGCAAUAUCACUCGUACUUAUACUCAAGUGUUAAGGAGGAUCAAGGCAAAUAAAGAUAAGGUGUUGGUUUUGAGCCCACAUUUUUUUAAGUAUGUCUCUGACAACUGGAAUCAACGUCAUGGGAGUUACUCAUCGACUGGAAUGCUGGUCACAGUUUUUGCCCUUCAUGUCUGCGAUGAGGUGGAUGUUUAUGGAUUUGGUGCCAACAAAUUGGGGCACUGGCAUCAUUACUGGGAGAAGAAUUCUGGUGCAGGAGCUUUCCGUGUGACAGGAGUUCAUGAUGGAGACUUUGAAGCUAAUGUUACCAAGACACUUGCCAAAAAUAACAAAAUUGUUUUUUUUAAUGGUGUUUAAGCCUGCAAGACUGUGACUGAUAUCCAGGCAAACACUACAUACUAUAAAAUAUCUAUUAUCAUUUAGAUGUUGGGAGUAGAACACUACUUUAAACUCAGGACAGCAAAUGUAAAAGAAAACUAUUCCCUUCUAGUAAUGUGCCUUAAGUCUAUCCUUAGAUGACCAUUCCUUACAACAACUGAUUCUUUUUCUCCAGUUUUUACACACGUACUAUCAUCUGGAUCCAACUGAAUCCAGUUCUCAUUUGCAAGCGAAUGUACAACAUUAUUGAUAGUUUCAUAUAGUGCACCUGUGUCGACCGGGAACACAUCUAACUCUAACCACACUCAUCUCAUUUCUCCUCAUCUUUGGUGAAGGAAGAUUGCCAACUCAGUGUGCAAGGUGAGAGGGAGCAAACUUGAUUACCUGUGGUAGAUUGAAAUAUUAUCAUAGAGUGAAAUGCCAUUCUUAUUUUUGAGUUAGGUAGAUAUGAGCAUGUGUGCAGCACCUUAUUAUCUCAAAGUGCUUUAAAGCAUACUGUGAAGUACUUUUGAAACAUAGUCACUUUUAAGAUGUCAGAAAUAGAGCAAACAUUUUGCAUGUUCCAUAAAUAACUUUGCCCAAGUUGUGACCAGGAAGGGUUAUUCUCCUCCACAGUAAAAUACACUACCAUGAAAUAUUUUCCAUUCAGAUGAGACAUUCCAUUAGGACGUUAGUUUAACAUCUCAUUCAACAUUUCAACGUUGAUACUAAAAGUUUGGUGUAGUUUAGUUGAGAGAUACAACAUGGAAACAGGCUCUUUAGCCCACUGAGUCCAUGCCGACUGCCAAUCUCCCAGUCACACUAAUUCUAUGUUAUCCCACUUUCCCAUUCACUCCUUCCACACGUGUGGCAAUUUACAGAGGCCAAUUAACCUACAUUCAUAUAUGUUCAAGAAUGCUGAUUGAUUUAAAUUAGUUUAACUUAUUGGUGCUUUCAUUCAAGCAGCAUGAUAGAGACUGAUUUACUUAACCAAGUGUGUUGCUGGGUAAAUGUAACACUCAAAAGGACAGUAAAUUUUAAUUGUCUGUCUCGAAAGGUUCCCGAUUCUUUGCUGGUUUGUGCAUAUUUAACCAAUCUAUGCAGGAUAACUAGUUAGAAUGUCCCAGAAGGUCCUCUUGCUUUAGUCCUGAAAUAACUUUUGAAUUACCUUGGCAAUAAUAUGUGUACACACAGGCAUUAGAUGAGGAUAGCAUUAUGACUAUUACUGUGAUUCCAGCACAUUUUGAAUAGCCUGCUGUUGCUCAUAGACCAGAUUUGAACUAUGGUAACAUUACCCUGUAUUCUUAGCAUCAUGGAAUAAUAUCCCCCAAUUCCAACAGAAUUCAACUUCUGAAGUUAUAAAAACCUCCACUAGUAUUUUGAUUUACAUCUGAUGGAAAUAAUGCCCCAAAGUGUCAAAGUAAACCAGAAGAAACAUAAGAGACUGCAGGCACUGUAAUCUUGACCAAAAACCAAACUGGUGGAGGAACUCAAUGGCUCAGGCAGCACCAGUGAAUGGAAAUGGACAGACAUUUUGUAUCAGGAAAAGACAAAGUGCUAGAGUUCAUCAGCGGGUCACACAUCAUUUCUGGAGAACAUGGACAGCUUAUGUGCCUUUUGCAAACCAGCAUCUACAAUUUCUUGUUUCUGCAUUUCUGAUCAGGACCCGUCUUCCAACCAGAAGACAAAUCAUGAAUUUGCUAGAACUGAAACAGUCUUGGGAGAAUAUCCAAAUCCGACUGAAUUCAAGUUAAAAUCACUACCUCUUGAACAGAAAACUGCACUUCCAUAAAGCACAAAUCUAAAUGCUGCACAUUUUAAGAGACAAAAUUGCCAUAGAAAGGCUGUAAAAGAAAAUGAAGUUGUUGUGUGAUACAGUAUAGAUAAUCAAAGAGGAGAAAAUAUCUCCCAUGCAUUUAACUUUGAAUAGCUGGGUUAAAUAUGUAAAUACAUGCUUCAAAGUGGUUACAUUCAAUUUGAUGCAUAUUAAUAAUUUGGAUGGCUGUUUAUGCAUUUUUGUCAUGUCCAUGUCAAAUUAAAAGCACGUUCAGAUUUUAUUAACGUUAUCUCAGGAAUAUUAUGGGGUAUUAUAACAAUUUUCAGUUAAAAUGAAUUGACAUCAAAUUAUUACCUAUGUUUAAUUCAUUGGGUGUUUUGGGUUAAGUUAAUCCUUAAACCAAAGAAGUAGCAAAUUGUUAACUAAACCUAACCAGAUUUACUGUAAGUGAAAGGAUGUUGUCAUUAAUGUAGGUCCAAGGUAAAUAUUGCAGGACUGCUGGUGAACAAGAAAUUUUCUAAAUUAAAGUAUGUUAUCGGGAGUCAACCUGCCAAGAAUUCAUACCAGAUUCAACGGCUUUUAGAUCAUUAUUUUUUAGUUGAAGCUUAAUAUGAGAUUGAGUGAAAAAUAAUAAUGGCUAAGAAUUCAGGUUUUGAGGUUGAAAAGGGGAGGAUGAAGUGGUGCGUUCAUUCUGAAUUUUGAUUUCCACCUUGCAUUAUAAAACAGACCUAUAUUAUAGAUUUCCUUUAAUGUUCUAAUAAUUCUUUAUAUAUAAUUAUUGAUUACCUCUAAGCAAUUACACUAUCUGUGGACCACUUUGUUGUUACCUUUGAAUAAUAAUGAUCUGUGAAAUUACCUCAUAAAUUAAAAUCACCCAGACAACUCAGUUUGCAAACAGGCUGUUUGAUUUAGUUAUAUAGCUCAUGGCUGUUCUAUUGUUUAGUGUGAAAUAAAGAUAAUCUCUGGCAUGUGAUGGGAACAUCACUGUUGAAUUGAAUUUAA